GAGGACAGGUGCAACUCUACAAUGUUGAAACCCCAACCGAAGAACACAAAGGCUGGGACACGAAUGAGGGCAACCCUUACAUCGUGGGUAUGGGUCAAUAUGUGACCACGUAUCCCGUACAGGGAGAGCUUUGCCUGUACGAUGGUCGAGAUUUAAUUUAAGGCCUAUCAUGUGGUCCGGAACUCAUCGUCAGGAGCAUCUUCUUUGUCCCCCUUUUCUUCAAUAAGGCAAGAAAAUUGCGUGGUCAGAGAUCAUCUCUUCAAGAUCUGAUUUUGAGGUCGUAAGACCGUCUAAUUAGUGGAACGCUAUGAGCACCAUAGGAUACGGCAAGUCAUCGACUACGUCGCUAGAAGGUAUUUCAAGCAGCCAGAAAGGGAGAGGAAAGACCCAAGCUUUAAGGCUCCCGCUGAAGCAUCCUCAAUCUCAUCCUUGCUUCUUUUUCUACUUGAAAAAGAAGUUCAUCAUCCUUCCAAGGUCGGAUAUGAUUUUUUCUCUCAAAGAGGAAGAUGCGAAGACGCGGUACUAGCAGCUCUAAAAACUCUUCUUACCAUGAAGCAUUCGGCAGUUUGGAGAAGAUUUUAGCGGACCAGUUGGAACAGAUCUAUAUGGACCUAUGCAAUCUGUUGAAGAAGAUGUCCGACACCAUCCCUGACAUCAUGAAGUGUGAGCAACACGCUUUCGCGAAUUUCCGGAUUAACAGGGUGUCGGACAGUCACUACGACGAGAUAGUGGACAAAUUGCAUAGGGCUAGGUAUUCUUGGAACAACCACAUUGGACAAAUUGCAUAGUGGACAAAUUGCAUAUAGAGUUACAUUCUUGGAACAACAAAGACUUGUUUGUAACUUGUUGUACUUGUGACCACUAUAACUCUAACUUGUUGAUGUACUUGAUGUGACUACUUGCUCGCCCCCUUAUGAUUUUCGAGUAGGCGUCGAGACUAACAUUGAUUCUUCAACAAUGAUAUUUGUAGUUCCUCUCGAAUAAUUCGAAUAUCAUCCAAGGUACAACAACUUUUUUGAACCUUCCUAUACCAGGUACAACCUCUUCAAGCGCAAAGAGUAUGAAAUCGCCAACCAGUGGGAGAAGCCUUUUAGUGGACCGGUUUCUAAGUAUCGGCCACAGAGCGUCAAUUAUGCAGAGGAGUUAGGCAAUGACAACGAGUAUGUGUUGGAAUUCCGUGACGAAAUGAGUCGCCUUUACGCCUGCCACGUAACGGAGUUUAGCAAAACAGCGAGAAGGAGAUUGGCGAGAAUAGACAACUUGAUGGUGGGGAAAGCGAAUGCGCCACAGGUACACUUAAUUUAGAGGAGUUUGGGCGACCUGAAUGCCAGGUCUCACGUUUUGUUCGACUCGCUUCUCUCUUAGAAUAUCACUUUGGACCCUCACUGUAUAUCUUUCUCCACCGUUGCCUCUGGCAGGUAAAAUCCGUUCUCAAGUCUUUCGAUGUUCGACGUCUGCAAGAGAUCGAGGAGGGCAAAGAGGACAUGCUAAACGGGAUGGCAUUGCUCGGUGAUGGAGACCCCAACGUCUUAGCUUUUGGAUCUGAGCUUCUCUCCCCAAGAACAUUCCAGGACGCUUUUUAUCCGUGUGCAGAGAGGCAUCGAGAAGCUCUAUUGCAGCAGGAAGUAAGGCAUUUGACCACCGGUGAAAUCUUUGAGUCUGCAGAACAUCUGAACACACUUUUGAGUGCUUUGGAGAGACAGGCGCCCGCAUUGGAGAGGUGGGUCAGAAAAACCCGUACGGAGAUACCGGAGUUACGACAUCUAGUGCCGAAACCUAUUGCUCUGCACAAAGCGGAACUGUCGGCAACGGAAGCUACAGCAGGAAUGCCAUCGGGAUAUCAGAAUUUGGAGUUGAAGCCAGUGGAUGCUGCAGGCAGACAAGCGAAGGACGGAUUUGGAGCUGGUCUGGGUGGGCAUAUGUUAUGGCUGUUGUGAAAAGUUUGCAAGUUGAAGUUUGUCUAAAAACUUCUACGAUGUAAAUUACAACUUCUACGAAUUGAUGUCCACGGUGCUCGAUGUGCAGGAUCCAUAGCCUAUAACCUAAUCUUUUGAGAAGUGAAGAAGUUGAAGUUCAUUCAUAGACAAACAUCAUAAGAACCUAUAAAGAUAACUAUUAAAGCUCCUACAGACAGAGACUUUUCUGUCUGUGCGGCCGCAAAGAAACGUUCCCUCUCUAACCUUCGACCCCCGCAAGUGGAAC